AUGAUGGCUCCUCAACCUUUGGAACAACAGGGAGACGAAGAGAUGCUGGUGCCACACUCAGAUUUAGUUGAAGGUCCUCAGCCUUUAGUCGAAAGUCCUCAGCCCAUGGAAGUGGCACCAACGAACAAUGCUGGGGCAACGGAGAACCAGGCAAGUGACGAGCCACAAGCAUCACGGUUCACAUGGGUGAUUGAGAACUUUUCUCGCAUGAAUUUGAAGAAGCUCUAUUCUGAGGUCUUUGUCGUUGGAGGUUAUAAAUGGCGGGUGCUUAUUUUUCCAAAAGGAAACAAUGUGGAGCACUUGUCAAUGUAUUUAGAUGUGGCCGAUUCAGCAACCUUGCCAUAUGGUUGGACUAGAUAUGCGCAGUUUAGCUUGGCUAUUGUCAACCAAAUCCAUAGCAAGUAUACAGUAAAAAAGGACACACAACACCAGUUCAGUCAAAGGGAGAGUGAUUGGGGUUUCACUUCUUUCAUGCCUCUUAGUGAGCUCUAUGACCCCAGUAAGGGGUAUCUCGUUAAUGAUACAUGUGUUGUGGAAGCUGAUGUUGCUGUCCGGAAGGUCAUUGAUUACUUGACAUAUGACUCGAAGAAGGAGACAGGUUAUGUUGGACUUAAGAAUCAGGGAGCAACUUGUUACAUGAACUCUCUCCUUCAAACAUUGUACCACAUCCCUUAUUUCAGAAAGGCUGUGUAUCAUAUGCCCACGACAGAGAAUGAUAUGCCCUCGGGGAGCAUACCUUUGGCCUUACAGAGUUUAUUCUAUAAGCUUCAAUAUAAUGACACCAGUGUGGCUACAAAAGAAUUGACUAAAUCUUUUGGAUGGGACACAUAUGAUUCCUUUAUGCAGCAUGAUGUACAAGAACUUAAUAGAGUUUUGUGUGAAAAGCUUGAAGACAAGAUGAAGGGAACUGUUGUAGAGGGGACAAUACAAAAGUUGUUUGAAGGGAACAACAUGAACUACAUAGAAUGUAUCAAUGUAGACUUCAAAUCUACCAGAAAAGAAUCAUUUUAUGACCUUCAACUGGAUGUCAAAGGCUGCAAGGAUAUUUAUGCCUCCUUUGACAAGUACGUGGAAGUUGAACGUCUUGAAGGAGAUAAUAAAUAUCAUGCCGAAGAACAUGGUUUGCAGGAUGCCAAGAAGGGGGUCUUGUUCAUCGACUUUCCUCCAGUUCUUCAGCUUCAGCUAAAGCGCUUUGAAUAUGAUUUUAUGAGAGACAUAAUGGUUAAGAUAAAUGAUCGCUAUGAAUUUCCGCUGGAGCUUGACCUUGAUAAAGACAACGGUAAAUAUUUGUCACCUGAUGCAGAUAGGAGCGUACGUAACCUUUACAUGCUCCAUAGUGUUCUGGUACAUAGCGGUGGGGUGCAUGGUGGACAUUAUUAUGCUUUCAUCAGGCCAACCCUUUCUGACCAGUGGUACAAAUUUGAUGAUGAGAGGGUCACUAAAGAAGAUACAAAGAGAGCAUUAGAGGAGCAGUAUGGCGGUGAGGAAGAGUUGCCGCAGACAAAUCCUGGUUUCAAUAAUACUCCAUUUAAAUUUACAAAAUACUCAAAUGCCUACAUGCUUGUGUAUAUACGUGUGAGUGACAAGGAUAAGAUAAUCUGUGAUGUGGAUGAGAAGGACAUUGCAGAACAUCUUAGGAUAAGACUGAAAAAAGAACAAGAAGAGAAGGAAGACAAGAGAAGAUAUAAAGCGCAGGCCCACCUUUAUACCGUUAUCAAGGUUGCUCGAGACGAGGAUUUAAGGGAACAGAUUGGGAAGGAUAUAUUUUUUGAUCUUGUUGAUCAUGAUAAAGUCCGUAGUUUUCGAAUUCAGAAACAGAUGCCUUUUAAUCUUUUCAAGGAGGAGGUUGCCAAAGAAUUUGGCAUUCCAGUUCAAUUUCAGCGUUUUUGGAUUUGGGCAAAGAGACAGAACCAUACUUAUCGUCCAAACCGUCCAUUGAACCAACAGGAGGAAGCACAGACUGUCGGAGCAUUGAGAGAAGUUUCUAAUAAGGCCCACAAUGCAGAGCUGAAGUUGUUUUUGGAAAUAGAAUGUGGACAGGAUCUACAUCCCGUUCCUCCACCUGACAAAAGUAAAGAAGACAUUCUUCUGUUCUUCAAGCUUUAUGAUCCAGAUAAAGAAGAGCUUAGGUAUGUUGGUAGGCUUUUUGUUAAAAGCUCUAGCAAGCCAAUUGAGAUCCUGACAAAACUAAAUGAAUUGGCUGGAUUUGCUUCUGAUGAAGAGAUUGAACUUUUCGAGGAAAUAAAAUUUGAGCCUUCUGUCAUGUGUGAACGCCUUGACAAAAGAGCUUCAUUUCGGUCAAGCCAGAUUGAAGAUGGUGACAUCAUUUGCUUCCAGAAAAAGCCUCUCCCUGAAAGUGAAGAAAAAUUUCGAUUUUCUCAUGUUCCUUAUUUUUUGGAAUAUGUGAAAAACCGCCAGAUUGUCCAUUUUCGAGCUUUGGAGAGACCCAAGGAAGAUGAAUUCUGCCUAGAGUUGGCAAAGAACCACACUUAUGAUGAUGUUGUGGAAAGGCUUGCUCAACGUCUCGGCUUGGAUGAUCCAUCUAAAAUUCGGCUUACUCCUCAUAAUUGCUACUCUCAGCAACCAAAGCCUACUCCCAUCAAAUAUAGAUCGGUUGAUCAGUUGGUAGACAUGCUUGUGCACUACAAUCAGAUCUCUGAUAUUCUUUAUUAUGAAGUACUGGACAUUCCUCUGCCACAAUUACAAUGCCUCAAAACACUGAAAGUUGCUUUUCACUCUGCCACAAAGGAUGAGGCUGUAAUUCUCAAUAUUAGGUUGCCGAAACAGGGUACAGUGGGGGAUGUGCUUAAUGUGAUAAAAGAAAAGGUAGAGUUGUCACAUCCAAAUGCCGGACUUAGGUUGCUUGAAGUUUUCUAUCACAAAAUUUAUAAGAUCUUUCCUCUCAAUGAAAAGAUUGAGAAUAUAAAUGACCAAUACUGGACCUUGCGGGCUGAGGAGAUUCCAGAAGAAGAGAAGAACCUCGGUCCAAAUGACCGCUUGAUUCAUGUUUACCAUUUUACGAAAGAGUGUGCUCAGAAUCAAGUGCAAAUCCAAAAUUUCGGGGAACCCUUCUUCUUGGUUAUUCAUGAAGGUGAAAUGCUGUCAGAUGUUAAAUUGCGGAUUCAAAAGAAAUUACAGGUUCCAGACGAGGAGUUUUCUAAGUGGAAGUUUGCUGCAUUGUCACUGGGUCGUCCAGAGUAUCUUGAAGACUCUGACAUUGUGUCUAGUCGUUUCCAGAGGAGAGACGUUUACGGUGCUUGGGAGCAGUACCUUGGGUUAGAGCACUCUGAUACUACUCCAAAGAGGGCGUAUACUGCAAACCAGAACCGACAUACAUUUGAGAAGCCUGUCAAAAUAUACAAUUAA